AUGAAAUCACAUUAUCCGAGCUGCCAUUUGGCCCUAGAACGAUGCUUUGAGGGUGUGAAAAGAACAUUACAUCCAGAUAAAACUGGAUAUGUUAAUGUAACAAUUCCGUAUGCAACACUUGAUUCUCUUUGUCAAUCAGAAUUGGGGAAAAAUGUCAAUGGUAUUGUUAAAUCUAGUUCGAUUUCAAAACAUUUUCAGCUAUUGGGGGAUAAGUUGCGAAUUGAUGCAUCAUUUGCAUUGUCUUUAUUUAAAUCCACCAGUGAUAACAUUGUAUCGUUACUCAAGUCUAUUGUACAAAAGAGAAUAUUGACCGAUACUGCAGGUAUUAUAUUGGUCGGUGGUUUUGCAGAAUGCAAAGUGAUACAAGAGAAUGUACAAACUGCAUUCCCAAGACAAAACAUCAUUUUACAAGAAGAUCCUGGUUCUGUCGUUCUAAAGGGGGCGGUUUUAUUUGGUUAUAAAUCUGAUUAUAUUUCAUCACGAAUCGCAAGACAUACUUACGGUGUAAGAAAGACAUCUCAUUUUGAUAAAAACAAGUAUCCUGAACACAGAAAAACGUAUAUCAAUGGCGAAGAAAAAUGCGAAAAUGUCUUUGACACUUUUAUGGAAGCCAAAACGUCUAUUGCUUUAGGACACAUAAUUGAAAAGACAUAUUGCACAGGUCUUCCGUUUUAG